CAACUUUCGAGGGCUUCUCAUCCAGCGUUCCAUCUCGGUCUCUCCCACUAUUCUUUUCUUGCAGCGGAAGAAGUGAGAAAGGAGGCGACAGAAAUGGCGGAACCUUCUUCCUCCUCUUCGCCCGCGGCCGCGCAAUCCGACGCGGAGAGGGAGGAGAUGCUCGACCGGAUGCUCACCCGCCUCGCCCUCGCCGACGACUCCAAGCUCGAGCCGUUGCUCUCCAAGAUCCUCCCUUACUCAAUCUCCUCACUCGCCUCUCCCUCCCCUUCCAUCCGAAAAAUGGUUUUGGAGAUCCUGAGUCAUGUCAACAAACGGGUGAAGCACCACCCAGAGAUCGGACUGCCUAUGUUGGAGUUGUGGAAGAUCUAUAAUGAAGCUGAUGCUUCCUCGAUGGUUAAAAACUUCUGUAUUGUUUAUAUUGAGAUGUCAUUUGAGCGUUUGUCUAGUGAGGAGAAGGCAAAUAUGGCACCUGAUCUUUUAGUUAGUGUUGCAAAUCUUCCACUUCAACAUCAAGGCAUCAUCUUGAGGAUUGUUUCAAAGGUGACCGGUGAAUGCCAUUCAAGUCAGGUUGUUGAAAAUAUUGGUGCGAAGUAUAGAGAUAUCGGCGGUCGUAAAGAUGGACAAGUUUUCAUAGAGUUUUGCCUUCACACAAUUUUGUAUCAGCCACCGCCUCCAGGUGUUGGAUGCCCGACAGGUCUUUCAGCUGUUCAAUCAGAUCGUGUUACUGGGAAACUUCCAUUGAAAGGUGACAUGCUGAUGAUGAGAAAAGUAAGGCUUUUUUCUUGGAAUUUGAAUAUCAUAGAAGCUAUGCAAUUGGGUCCCGAGCAUGUCUAUCCUAUUUAUUUAGCUGCCUCCUCAGAUAGUCAAGAGCCUGUUGUUAAGAGAGGAGAGGAGCUCUUAAAACGUAAGGCUGCAGGUGUCAAUUUAGAUGAUCCCGAUCUCAUAAAAAGACUAUUUAUGCUAUUUAAUGGUACUGUUGGGGUUGAAAAUAUAGCAGUAGAUUCCAGGGUUUCUCCAGCAAAUUCUGCAUUGCGAGUGCGACUAAUGUCUGUUUUCUGCCGAUCAAUAACUGCAGCUAAUGCUUUUCCUUCAACACUUCAAUGCAUCUUUUCCUGCAUCUAUGGAAGUGGGACCACUUCAAGAUUAAAGCAGUUGGGGAUGGAAUUCACUGUUUGGGUGUUUAAACAUGCAGUUAUGGAUCAGUUGAAGCUUAUGGGUCCUGUCAUCUUGAGUGGGAUUUUACGAUCACUUGAUGGUUCCUCAAUCACGGAAUCAGAGGCUGCUGCUAGAGAUGUCAAAAUAUUUGCUUAUCAAGCAAUUGGCUUGCUUGCAUCUCGCAUGCCUCAUCUUUUCAGAGACAAAAUUGACAUGGCUGUUCGACUUUUCACUGCUUUGAAAUUGGAGGAUCAGUCGCUUCGUCUUACUAUUCAAGAAGCAGUUACUUCCCUUGCAGUAGCCUACAAGGGUGCUCCGGCAGCUGUCUUGAAGGAUUUAGAGGCACUUCUGCUGGAAAAUUCUCAAGUGGAACAAAGCGAGGUGCGAUUUUGUGCUGUGAGGUGGGCAACAUCUUUAUUUUAUUUGCAGCAUUGCCCCAGCCGGUACAUUUGCAUGCUUGGUGCUGCAGAUUCAAAGCUGGAUAUAAGGGAAAUGGCUCUUGAAGGUCUUUAUCUUAUGAAAGAUCAAGGACAGACAUUUGGAACUGGUGCUGAUCUCAAAUAUCCUGAGCUGAAGAAGAUGCUAGACUAUAUCUGUAGCCAGCAACCAAAAUUGUUAGAUUCUACUGAACUAAGGGAAGAAAAACUUGUUUUUCCAUCAAACACAUAUGUUGCCAUGAUUAAGUUCCUAAUGAAGUGCUUUGAGGCAGAUAUUAGCAUAUACAAUUCUGAUAUUGGUGCAGAUAUAUCUUGUUCUCCGGUAGGAACAAUGUGCCUGCUAUUAGAACAUGCUAUGGCAUUUGAAGGAUCUGCUGAGUUGCAUGCCACUGCAUCGAAGGCAUUAGUGGAAAUUGGUUCUCAUUUGCCUCAGUUCAUAGCAUCACGAUACGCGGAUCGUAUUGCUUGGUUGAAACCUUUACUAGGUCAUAUUGACUCUGACACUCGUGAAUCUGCAUCACGCUUGCUGGGAAUGGCAUGUUCUGCUAUUUCUACUUCUGCAGCAUCUGCUCUUAUAUCUGAGCUUGCUUCCUCUGUUACUGGUACUCACUUAAGAUUUGAGAAUCAUCAUGGGGCAUUAUGUGCCAUAGGAUAUGUGACAGCAGAAUGCAUGAAAGAACCACCUAGUAUCACAGAGGCGCUGUUUGAGAGUACUGUUAAUCUUCUUGUUCAUGUGGUUGAGUCAGAAAGUACAGCAUUGUCCUCGGCUGGAAUGGAAGCACUUGGUCAUAUUGGCCUUCGUUGCCCAUUGCCUACACUGAAUCGUGAUUCUGUUUCAGCUGGAGUUUUGACAAUUUUACAUGAAAGAUUGAGCAAACUACUUACUGGAAGUGAUAUCAAAGCAAUUCAAAAGAUUUUAGUUUCUCUGGGACAUAUUUCUGCAAGAGAAACUUCAUUUUCACACUUGAGUAGUGCUCUUGAUUUAAUUUUUGGUCUCUGCCGAUCAAAGGUUGAAGAUAUACUUUUUUCUGCUGGGGAGGCCCUAUGUUUUAUUUGGGGGGCAGUGCCUGUAUCUGCAGAUAUGAUACUCAAAUCAAAUUAUCGUUCUCUUUCCCAGAGUUCUAACUAUCUUACCGCUGAAAUGCCAUUAUCCAUAAUACAAAGUAGCUCAUCUGAGAGUUGUAACUCUGAUGAGGAGUCACAUGUCAUGAUCCAGGAAGCGAUAACAAAAAAACUUUUCGAUGAUCUCCUUUACAGUAGCAGAAAAGAAGAGCGCUGUGCUGGAACUGUCUGGUUGUUGUCACUGCUAAUGUAUUGUGGGUAUCAUCAAAAGAUCCAGCAACUUCUCCCUGAAAUUCAGGAAGCCUUUUCUCACCUUCUUGGUGAACAGAAUGAUCUUACACAGGAGUUGGCUUCCCAAGGCAUGAGCAUUGUUUACGAACUAGGCGAUCCAUCUAUGAAACAGAACCUCGUAAAUGCUCUUGUAAGCACGUUGACUGGCUCAGGGAAAAGGAAAAGAGCUAUCAAGCUGACAGAAGAUUCUGAAGUUUUUCAAGAAGGGGCCAUUGGUGAAAGUCUUAGUGGUGGAAAACUAAGCUCUUAUAAGGAACUUUGUAGCCUGGCUAAUGAGAUGGGUCAACCUGACUUAAUAUAUAAAUUCAUGGAUCUGGCUAAUUAUCAGGCUUCUCUAAAUUCCAAGAGGGGUGCAGCCUAUGGGUUUUCUAAGAUAGCAAAGCAAGCUGGUGAUGUGCUCCAUCCACAUCUACGCCUGUUGAUCCCUAGGCUUGUCCGUUACCAGUAUGACCCUGAUAAAAAUGUCCAGGAUGCUAUGGGACACAUUUGGAAGUCAAUUGUAGCAGAUCCAAAGAAAACCAUUGAUGAAUAUUUUGAUACUAUUACUGAUGAUUUGUUGACACAAUCUGGAUCAAGACUCUGGCGCUCACGUGAAGCUUCAUGUCUUGCCCUUGCAGACAUUAUCCAAGGCCGCAGAUUUAGUCAGGUUUCUAAGCAUUUGAGAAGAAUAUGGACUGCAGCAUUUCGUGCUAUGGAUGACAUAAAGGAAACUGUACGGAAUUCUGGUGAUAGUUUGUGCCGUGCUGUGAGCUCAUUAACAAUCAGGCUAUGUGAUGUCUCCCUUACUGCAGUCUCAGAUGCAAGUGAAACACUGAAUAUUGUUUUGCCAUUCUUGCUUGUUGAAGGGAUAGUCAGUAAAGUUUCCAGCAUACAAAAAGCAGCAAUAAGCAUGGUUAUGAAGUUAGCAAAGAAUGCUGGGCUUGCACUUCGAGUGCAUUUGCCUGAUCUUGUCUGUUGCAUGCUGGAAUCUUUAUCAAGCCUUGAGGACCAGAGGCUCAAUUAUGUGGAGUUGCAUGCAGCAAAUGUUGGAAUUCAAACUGAAAAACUUGAAAACUUGCGAAUUGCUGUUGCUAAAGAUUCUCCAAUGUGGGAAACUCUGGAUCUUUGUUUAAAAGUUGUUGAUGCACACUCGUUGGAUCUACUAGUUCCUCGCCUUGGACAGUUGAUCAGAUCUGGAGUUGGCCUUAAUACCAGAGUAGGUGUUGCCAGCUUCAUCACCUUGUUGGUUCAACAAGUAGCUGCAGACAUCAAGCCAUUUACAAGCAUGUUACUCAAGCUUGUUUAUCAUGCUGUUAUAGAAGAAAGGAGUGGUGCAGCAAAACGAGCUUUUGCUGCUGCCUGUGCUGUCAUUUUGAAGCAUGCAAGCCCUUCUCAGGCCCAAAAAUUGAUUGAAGAGACAGCUGGUUUGAGUUUGGGUGAAAGAAAUGCACAGAUUUCUUGCGCAAUUCUUCUGAAAAACUACUUAAAUCUUGCAGCAGACGUUCUCAGUGGCUACCAUGCCAUAGUCAUUCCCGUUGUUUUUGUUUCAAGAUUUGAAGAUGAUAAGGAUAUUAGUACCUUAUUUGAGGAGCUGUGGGAAGAGAACUCAAGUAGUGAAAGAGUUACCCUUCAGUUAUAUUUACCAGAAAUUGUUACUCUUCUUUGUGAUUGCAUUGCGUCAUCAUCAUGGGCAAGUAAAAGAAAGUCAGCAAAGGCUAUGAAGAAGCUGAGUGAAACCCUGGGUGAAUCUCUUUCUUCGCAUCAUCACAAUCUGCUCAAUUGCCUUCUAAAAGAGCUACCCGGUCGUCUUUGGGAGGGAAAAGAUGUUAUUUUAUAUGCAAUUGCUUCAAUCUGUUCAUCUUGCCAUGAUGCAAUAUCAUCUGAAGACUCUGCCACUCCAGCUGUUAUUUUAACUGCCAUUACUUCUGCAUUCUCAAAAAAAGUAAAAUCUUACCGUGAAGCAGCUUUCUCAUGUCUACAACAAGUUAUAACAGCAUUUAGCAACCCUGAUUCUUUCAACACUGUUUUCCCCAUGCUAUAUGAGGUUUGCAGUAAAGCUGGUGUCUCCAAGACUGUGAAUGCCCCUUUAGUAAGCUCUGCCAUGGGUACAGAAGAAAGCAGCACUGAAGAUUUCUCUGCUCCUCUUGAAAAGGUUCUAGAUUGUGUGGCAUCUUGUAUCCAUGUAGCUCAUCUUCAGGAUGCUUUGAAACAAAAAGAAAAAUUAUUAUAUGUCUUUUCAAGUUCCCUGUCACCUGGAUUCAAUUGGACAGUUAAAUUGUCAGUUUUUUCAUCAAUUGGAGAGUUAUGUUCAAAGUUUCACCCCAUUUCCAAUGGUACUCCUGUUUAUUCUCAUGAUGCAACUGCUUUACUUUAUGAGUUAUUUCACUCUGUGGCGCCAAAAAUAGUUGAUUGCAUUCGCUUGGUAAAGAUUUCUCAGGUCCAUACUGCUGCUUCAGAGUGCCUACUGAAGAUAAGCAGACUCUAUAGAGAUAUUCCUUUGACACACAGAAAAGAUAUUGAGUUCAAGGAUGAGCUUAUACAUCUAUGUGAGGUGGAAAAAAGCGAGCAAGCAAAGACAUUGCUUAAAAAGUGCAUUGCCAUUUUUGAAGAUCUUGAUCGAGAAAUAACACCUAUGAACUAAGUUGGGAGGACCUAUACCAAAUUCUUUCCACAUGGUGAUAUACCAUCAUCGAUCAGCAUUUGCUCUCUUGCCCUUCUCUUAUUUUCUUGCCAUCAUUUUUUGAGUGAAAAGUCAUCUAAUAUCCUGCAAUCCAGAAGAUCUUUUUUCUUUCUUUCUUUGUAUUAUGCUCAUAUUUUAUGAUAUGUUGUAACAAUUUUUUUUUUAGCAAAAUAGUUCAUAUGUUUCAGAAAUUGCACUUCUGAGUAAUUUCUAGUAGAUUUAAUGCUUGAAAAAAUUACCAGCUGAAGUUGCAUUGA